AUGCCUCCUCCACCUCACCAGAAACCCGAGAACGUGCUCAAGCGCGCCCACGAGCUCAUCGGCGUCAACCAGACCCCCGCCGCACUCACACUCCUCCACGAGCACAUCACCUCGAAGAGAUCACGCAAUGUUCCCAUCGUCUCCCUGGAGCCGGUGAUGCUCCUGCUGGUUGAGCUCUCCGUCGAACAGAAGAAGGGAAAGCUGGCCAAGGAUGCCCUCUACCAGUACAAGAACAUCAGCCAGAACACCAACGUCGGCACCAUCGAGCUGGUCUUGAAGAAAUUCAUCGAGCUCGCCGCCGAGAAGGUCACUGCCGCCCAGGCCAAGGCCGACGAGGUCCAGUCGACCAUUGACGCCUCCACGUCCACCACCAACGUCGAGGAUCUCGAGGCCAGCGAGACGCCCGAGUCGAUCCUUCUCGCCACCGUGUCUGGCGAGCAGUCACGCGACCGUACCGACCGCGCCAUUGUUACUCCUUGGCUCAAAUUCCUCUGGGAGGCCUACCGCACCGUGCUCGACAUCCUCCGCAACAAUGCUCGCCUUGAGAUCCUCUACCAGAGCACGGCUAUGCAGGCCUUUGACUUCUGCCUGAAGUAUGCUCGUAAGACUGAGUUCCGCAGGCUCUGCGAGCUGCUACGCAACCACGUCCAGACGGCUGCCAAGUACUCGUCGCAGAUGCACGCCAUCAACCUGAGCGACCCCGACACUCUCCAGCGCCACCUCGAGACUCGCUUCCAACAGCUCAAUGUUGCUGUCGAGCUUGAGCUCUGGCAGGAGGCCUUCCGCUCUGUUGAGGACAUCCAUACUCUGCUCAACCUGAGCAAGCGCCCUCCUAAGAACAUUAUGAUGGCCAACUACUACGAGAAGCUUACCCGUAUCUUCCUUGUCGGUGAGAACUACCUCUUCCACGCUGCGGCUUGGUCUAGGUACUACACUCUUCUCCGUCAGUCUGCUGCGCUGGUCGCGUCGGGCCAGGGCAAGAAGGCCGACAACCCUCCCGCCACGGAUGCCGACCUUCAGAAGGCUGCCUCCUUCGUGCUCCUCUCCGCCUUGGCCAUCCCCGUCAUCAGCACCACCCGUUCCCGUGGUGCCAUGGUCGACUUUGAUGAGUCGAAGAAGAACAAGAACGCUCGUCUCACCCACCUGCUGGGCAUGGCGCAAGCUCCCACCAGGGCUGCUCUGUUCCGUGACGCUCUGGCGAAGUCGCUCCUGAAGCGCGCCCGUCCUGAGAUCCGCGACCUCUACAACAUUCUUGAGGUUGACUUCCACCCUCUUUCCAUUUGCCAGAAGAUCUCCCCCAUCCUGACCAAGAUUGGUGACGAUGCCGAGAUGGAGAAGUAUGUCCUGCCUCUGCAGCAGGUCAUCCUCACCCGCCUCUUCCAGCAGCUGUCUCAGGUCUACGAAACGGUGGACCUCAGCUUUGUUGAGCAGCUCGCCAAGUUCCCUGAGCCUUUCCAGGUUACUCGCGGUACCAUUGAGAAGUUCAUCAUGAACGGAAACAAGAAGGGCGAUCUCGCCAUCCGCAUGGACCACGCUACUGGUGUCCUAAGCUUCGACAACGAUGUCUUCUCGUCCGCCAAGGCUGCUCACUCUGCAUCUGGCGCUGGCUCCGCCGAGGCUGACGGCAGCUCCGUCCAGCGCCUCCAGAGCACCCCCUCUGAGAUUGUCCGCUCGCAGCUGACCCGCCUCACCAAGUCUCUGUACACCACUUGCUUCUACAUUGACCCUGAGUUCAACAAGUCCCGCGUCGAUGCUCGGGAGGCCGCUUUGGCCCGUGCCAAGGCCGGCGCCGAGAAGGAGCACCGUGAGCUUCUCGCUCGCAAGGACGUCAUUCAGAAGCGCAAGGAAGAGGCUUCCGAGAUCCAGGCUCGUAAGGAGCGUGAGAACGCCCGCCAGAAGCGCCUGCGUGAGCAGAUCCUCCAGGAGCAGGAGGACAAGCGCCUUGCCGCCGAACAGAAGGAGCGCGAGGAGCGUCGCCUCAAGGCUGAGCGUGACCGCGUUCGCAAGGAUGAGCUCAAGAAGCAGAUCGCCGAUCUCAAGAUCAGCCCUAAGGAUAUGGAUCUCGACCUGGAAGAUCUUGACAACCUGGAUCCUAACACUAUCCGGGCCAUGAAGGUUGCUCAGCUCGAGCGUGAGAAGAACGACGUGUCCGAGAAGCUUCGCAUUGUGUGGAAGCGUGUUGACCACUUGGAGCGAGCCUUCAGGAAGGAGGAGGUCAAGAAGCUCGGCGCCGAUUACGAGGAGCAGAUUCAGCGUGACCGUGCUGCCUACGAGAAGACCAAGGCGCAGACGCUCAAGGAUGCCGAGAUCAAGCACAAGGAGAGUGUCGAGCUGAAGCACCGUCUCACUCGUCUCAUGCCUCACUUCGAGUCGUUCCGCGAGAACCUGCACUCCCGCCGCGGAGAGGAGUUUGAGAAGCGCCGCAGGGAUGCAGAGCGGGAGCUCGAGAAGCAGAUUGCGGCUCGCAAGAAGGAGUACCGCGACCGCAAGCUGCGUGAGAAGCGCGAGCGCGAGGAGAAGGAAAGGGCUCUCCGCGAGGCCGAGGAGCGUGCCGCCAAGGAGAAGGAAGAACAGGAGGCCCGCGCCGAGGCCAAGCGCGCCGAGAUGCAGCGCCUCAAGGAGCAGCGCGAUCAAGAGCGCCAGGAGUCUCUGGAGAAGGCGGCCAUGCAAGCCCGCCGCGAAGAAGAGGCCCUCGCCAGGCGCAAGGCGGAGAAGGAGAAGGAGCGCGCGUUGCCCCCUAUGCGCAGUGCCGCCGAGCCCAGCUCCGAAGGUCGCCGUCCCCUCAACCUUCCCGGCGCCGGCAAGUGGCGCGAGAAGGAGGCUGCUCGCGGUGCCGCCGGCGCCUCAGACAACGCGCCGCCCGCUCCCCGGCAAUCCGCCCCCAUGGAGCGCACCGACUCGAGCGAUCGGGCCGGCGGCCCUCCCCGCCUCAGCCUUGCUGGCAGUGGAGGCAAGCCCAGCUGGCGCGAGCGCGAAGCGGCGCGCGCCGCUGCUGGCGGUGCUGAGAACAGCGCUCCCCCGCAGCGGUCGGAGCGCCUGGAGCGCCCGGAGCGCACUGCCUCGGGCGGUGCCCCCAUGGGCCGCACCGCCUCGAACCGCGACGACCAGGGCCGUAACGCCUCGCCGGCGCCCGCGACUGAGCAGCUCAAGGCGUCGGGAGCCCCGGGCAAGUGGGUGCCCCGGCACCUGCGCAAGGAGUAA